AUGGCAAAAAAGAAGUCCAAGGAGGCUGCAACACAGCCGCAAACAAACACAACUACGCAAUCUCAGGGGAAGGCUGUAGCGAAGUCCCAGGAAACUAAAGGAAACGCAUCAUCACCGCCAUCUCAGGCAAAGGUAACCGCACCGGCUCAGAAAAAGACAACAGCCCAGCCUCAGGAGAAGGCUGUAGCGAAAUCUCAGGCAACUAAAGGAAACACAUCAUCAUCACCAUCCCAAGCGAAGGUAGCUACGCAGACCGCAAAACCUUUCCAUCGAAAGGAGGUAAACAAGCAAAUUCGCAACGAUGUGUAUACUAUGUACGAAAAGAACCGCAGUGUCGAUAAAAUAAAGAUUGCAUCUAGCUAUAUAUUUUUAUACCCUGAGAAGGAAUCAUAUAUCCGCAACGUACUGGAUGGCUAUGCUACAAUUGUUAAAAAGAAAAACCCGACGCCCAAGCCUUCUACAAAGGAACCAAAAACUCAAAAUAUGGUACCUAAAAAGGAAACCCCAAAGGUUGAACAACAUAAGCAAGCCCUUCCCAAGAACACGCAGUGCUCAACCCUGUUGAAGAAGCCCGAUCAGACUGCAGAAUGCUCUACUACUAAGUCCAAGUUCACUGAAUACCUUUCACACAAGGGCCCUCAUAGCGAACCAGCUAUUCAUCAGCUGGAAGUUCCGAGCCUGGAAAAUCAGAUGCAAUUUUUGAAUUUAGACCAUAAUGAAUCGAUGAACGGCCAUACAGCUCCUCGCCUACAGGAGGUGACCUUGCUGUCUCCUAUCACCGAAGGCCACGGUCAUAAAAUGCCUCCUCAAUUUGCGCUUUUAGGUCAUCAACCAUCAAAAAUGUCUGCGGGUUUUGAUCCUAGGGUGAUGUUGAAUACCAAUAUUCCAUUUUCGGCGUUUAUCUGCGGCGUUCAAGGAAGUGGAAAGUCCCACACGACUAGUUGCAUAAUUGAGAACUGCACUUUCUCCCUCCCUUCUCUUGGGGUCCUUAAGAAUCCGUUAUCCACGCUCGUCCUACAGUUUAAUGAGUACAGUUCGAAUAUAAGCUCUCAACCAAGCGAAGCAGCAUUUCUUUCAUCAGUGAUGCCAGAAUACCGCCAACAUCUUCCUCAAGUCCCAGUUACUGUACUCGUGUCACCUUCUAAUUUUUACGAGCUCAAGAAGUUAUAUUCUCAAAUCCCCGGGGUUCAAGUCCUCCCAUUCAGGCUACAGCCUCGACAUCUAAGUGUCAGUACAAUGCUGUCGCUUAUGUCGAUUGGUAAGGGUGAUUCAAUGCCCCUGUAUAUGGCCCAGGUGACUACGAUGCUGCGUCAAAUGGCAGAAGAAAACAAAGGGCCUUUUGACUAUCUUGCAUUUCGCAGGCGUCUAAAAUCACUUGAUCUGCAAAGGACUCAAACCCCUUUCCUUGAGCAGAGGCUUGACUUACUGGACUCCUUCCUCGACCUCAAGGGUGAAGUUAGAGAGAGCUAUUUUGUUAAUAAUAGGAUUACUAUCUUGGACCUUUCCUGUCCCUUUGUGGAUAAGAGUACUGCGUGCAUACUAUUCCGUAUAGCUACUAGGCUUUUUCUCGACUCUCACACUUCAAGAGGCAAGAUGAUUGUUGCCGAUGAAGCGCACAAGUAUAUGACCGAUGAUACUCCGGCAACGAUGGAACUCACUGAGGAGUUUCUAAAUAUAGUUCGACAACAGCGUCACCAUGGAGUUCGCCUGGUAAUCUCAACACAGGAGCCGACAAUAUCACCUCGACUAAUUGAUCUAUGUUCAAUGACAAUAAUCCAUCGAUUUUCCAGCCCUGAGUGGUAUCAAAGCAUCCGGAAUCAUAUCACUAUUGGUUAUAUGAAGGAUAAUUCUGCGCCGGAGGAUGCUGAAGAUGGUCUCUAUCAGAUAUCCAAUCUUCGCACAGGUGAAGCCUUGGUAUUUGCGCCUUCAGCAUAUAUUCUCGAUGAAAACCAGUCGAUGAGAGACACCAAACAUCGAGCUUUUAAACUAGCCGUCAGAAAACGAGUAACUUGGGAUGGAGGUCAAUCGAUUCUAUCUGUCAAAUGA